AUGGAGAGGUGUUAUUGUAAGAAGAAAAUCAAAACCAAGAGACAAAACCAGAAAGCAAGAAAAGAAAAAAGUGAAGGUUCCCGUGCUACAGGACUUAUGAAUUACGCUUAUUUUACCAUAGAACUCCAGGAUCAGGUCAUCAAAUCAUCAAGUCUUGACAACAAAAUAGAAAGUCCGUACACUGAAGCUAAAGAAGAAAUAUAUGAUCACAUCAGGGACAAACAAUCCAGGAAAAAUACAGAUGAUGUGGAAUAUAAAUAUGAUACUACUAAGAACGCCAUAGCAAAGAAAGAACAAAAUAAUCAGAGCACUGAAGAGACGUAUGAUCGACUCGGAGAGGAAAGAUGUAAUACAAAUGCAGAUGAUACAUAUCAUCAUGCAUUGACAAUAAUAAAGGAAAGAUCCGAGUAUGACGUCACAGAUGUAAGGAAACAGUAUAUACUCGGCAGUCCCUAUAAUCAUGUUGAAAUCAUUCCAAAUGAAAAUGACACUGAACAGGACACUAUCAGCAGCCUUUCUGAGAAAAUGAAUGAAGAUCAUACAUAUUUCAUACUUGAACAGGACUAGAAGAUGUUAUUACGCUAGACA